CUAGCACUGAGGCUGAUUAUUGGUAAAUAAGAAGGUUAAUACUUGAUAGUUGGAACCGAUACACAUUCACAAUAAACUUGAAAAUCUUGGUGUCAAAAUUUAGAAUAACUCAAACUCUUAAUAGAAGAAGUUGUUGAAUAGCUCUGUGAUAAUUUGUGUUUCACAUGUUUAAUUGAAAGAGAACUUUCAACAUUUAUCUGGCAGUGUAUGUAGGUUGUUACUUUUGCAAGUAGCAAAGGGGAACCAUGACAAAGUCUUCUGUGCGGAUUAAUGGACUCAGGUCAGAACACACAUUUGUAAGGCUAACAUGCUACUUCUUCUGUUGGUAGAAGUAGCAAUUUGGUACAAGUCCCUUGUCUCAGUUUUACAUUAAAUACAGAAUGAAUAUUGAACAAUGUUGAAGUUUCUGCUGAUGUGUUCAUCACUAUAUGAUCACGUUUUUCAAAGCCUAGUCGAUCCCGUCAAACCCAUCAUACACCACUUAGUAGUCAGGCUACAAUCAAGGCUUUGUUGCCUUUUUGUGAAUGAAGCCUUGAGAUUUUUGAUGCUGAUAGCUUUGGUGUGAUUGCAUGCAGCCACUGAGUGUGUUGACAGAGCCUAGAGUGUGCAGGCUGUCUCAAGGGCAUGUGCUAAUCACAGGGUGAAGCUAAAGUCAGAGCCAAGACAGACCUUAUACCUGGAAAGAGCAGCUAAUCUGCUCCGAAAUGGGGCCAUGUUGACUCUGCAUCGCUGCUGCUCAUUGCGACCCCAGACUGCUUUGCCAGCGAGAGCCUCUCGUCACUGUUCAAUUAGCCUGAUUAAAGCUACAGCCGUGUGCUUCCGUAGAGAGCACCUGUAAUUGUAAGUGGCUCUGCAUAAGAGGAUCUGAGAGGAAAAAAUGUAAAUGACUGAUCAGAGCUGCCUGGAAAUCCAGCAGCCAAUAAUAACCUCGAAGCACACACAUGAUGCAGCAAAACGAGCGUGAAGAGUGUUUGUGUGGGUGAAGUGUGUACGCGUGUGGCCGCACAUGGAGUGUAUAGUAGCAGUAGGUGUUUGUAAUGCAUCGCCUACGGUGUGUUUGUGUCUGUUUCUAUGUGGGUGUCAGGACAUCUGUGAUUUACUGGGUUCAGGUUCAUACUAUAAUGUUUGCUAAUGUGUGUUUUGGUCUUCGCAGAGCUCCAUGGAGUCUCCAAACCUGGAGUUCGAGUACGGAGACACCGACACGCUCACUGCUGAGCUUUCAGAGCUCUACAGUUACACAGAAGAGCCGGAGUUUGCCCUGAACAGAGACUACUUUGAGGAGGACUUCAGGAGCCAUGCUCGAGGCCGGAGGUGGAUCGAGCUGACAGCGGAGGAGCAGAAGGCCUAUGUGAUGAGGCUGCUGGACGCCCUGGAGGUGACCGACAGGGACAAGAGGCUGAAGGUGGCCAGAGCCAUCCUCUACCUGGCUCAGGGAGUGUUCGAUGAGUGCGACACAGAGGUGGACGUGCUCCACUGGUCCAGACACAACGUCUUUCUGCUCUACGACAUGGGCAUCUUCACGGCGCUGCUGGAGCUGCUCAGCAUGGAGAUAGAUAACAAUCAGGCGUGCAGCAGUGCGGUGAGGAAACCUGCCAUCUCUCUCGCAGACAGCACAGAGCUCAGAGUGUUGCUGAGCAUCAUGUACCUGAUGGUGGAGACUAUCAGAGUUCAAACAGAAGAUGACAGACCUGAGUGGAGGUCUGCCAGAGAGGCCUUUAAGAAUGAGCUAGGUUCACCUCUGUACAACGGAGAGCCUUUUGCUCUGCUCCUCUUCACUAUGGUGACCAAGUUCUGCAGCAUGAACGCUCCACAUUUUCCCAUGAAGAAAGUUCUGCUGCUGCUCUGGAAAACAAUACUGUUUACUCUGGGGGGUUUCGAGGAGCUCCAGGAGAUGAAGGUGCGAGGCCGGGAGCGUCUCAACCUGCCCCCGCUGCCGGAGGACAGCAUCAAGGUGGUCCGGGCCAUGAGAGCCGCCUCGCCCCCGGCCUCCGCCAUGGAGCUGAUCGAGCAGCAGCAGCAGCAGAAGCGAGGCCGCCGCAGCCGCAGGAGUGCCUUUGUUGAUAGCUUGGAAGGAGACAGUCCCUUUCCCAAGAAGCAGCCCCUCGUAAAGCAGGACAGCCUGGACACGUACAACGAGCGAGACCCCUUCAAGAACGACGACGCUCGAGACGAGGAGGAGGAUCCCGAGGACACCGACAGCGGCAUCGAGGGCGAGGUCGAUCCUCUGGACCGUGACGUCAUCAUCCAGCCGCCGCCACCGCCGCCUCCUCUCAGACCCCCAACAGAAAGGGUCAACUUCCCCAAAGGCCUCCCUUGGGCGCCGAAAGUCAGGGAGAAAGACAUCGAGCACUUCCUUGAGACGAGUAGGAACAAGUUCAUCGGUUUCACUCUGGGAAAUGACACAGAGACCCUGGUGGGCUUACCCAGACCUAUUCAUGAGAGUGUCAAGACUCUUAAACAGCACAAAUACGUGUCCAUUGCUGAAGUCCAGAUCAAAAGAGAAGAAGAGCUGCAACAGUGUCCACUCACUCUGGGUGAGGAGGAGGUGGAGGAGACCCCAGCAGAGAUGCUUUACCUUGGAAUGCUUCCUAACCUCUCGCAAUAUGUGAUUGCCCUCCUAAAGCUGCUGCUGGCUGCAGCUCCGACCUCCAAAGCCAAAACCGACUCUAUCAACAUCCUGGCUGAUGUGCUGCCUGAGGAGAUGCCUAUCACAGUCCUUCAGAGCAUGAAGCUGGGAAUCGACGUGAACCGUCACAAGGAAAUCAUCGUCAAGGCCAUCUCCGCUCUGCUGCUGCUGCUCCUAAAGCACUUCAAGCUCAACCAUAUCUAUCAGUUCGAGAUUGUCUCCCAGCACCUGGUGUUUGCCAACUGUAUCCCACUCAUCCUCAAGUUCUUCAACCAGAACAUCAUGUCUUAUAUCAGUGCCAAAAACAGUAUCUGUGUUCUGGACUUUCCUCACUGUGUGGUCCAUGAGAUGCCUGAACUGACGGCUGAGAGUUUGGAAGCAGGAGACAGCAACCAGUUCUGCUGGAGGAACCUGUUUUCUUGCAUCAAUCUGCUGAGGAUCCUCAACAAGUUGACCAAGUGGAAACACUCGAGGACCAUGAUGCUGGUUGUUUUCAAAUCCGCCCCUAUCCUGAAGAGAGCCCUGAAGGUGAAGCAGGCCAUGAUGCAGCUCUACGUUCUCAAACUGUUAAAGAUCCAGACCAAGUAUCUGGGACGCCAGUGGAGGAAGAGCAACAUGAAGACCAUGUCGGCCAUUUAUCAGAAAGUCCGCCACAGACUCAACGAUGACUGGGCCUACGGAAACGAUAUCGACGCCCGGCCGUGGGACUUCCAGGCCGAGGAGUGCGCCCUCCGAGAAAGCAUCGAGAAGUUCAACAGCCGCCGCUACGACAAGAACAAGAACGGGGACUUCACGCCGGUGGACAACUGCCUGCAGAGCGUGCUGGGUCAACGGGUGGAGCUGCCAGAGGACUUCCACUACAGCUACGAGAUGUGGCUGGAGAGGGAGGUGUUCUCACAGCCAAUCCAGUGGGAGGGGCUGCUGCAGAAUCCAUAAUGAACAGGAAGGAGAGAGUGGCAGGGGGAUAGAUGCGGGUCUUGACGCCAUUAUGGGGGUUGUAGCGAUGGGAGUGAGGUAAGAAAGAAGCAGCUGGAGGUUGAAAAGUCACCAGCGAUGGCAGAAGUGAAAGUAAAAUGAAGCUGCUGCGAGCUUGGUUUGAUGCCACACACUAACAUGUGCCUACGACUACUGUGAACACACACGACAGGCAAGAUCAGAGGUAGCAGAUUAUAUCAGAAGAUCUGGUAGCAGGAAACUGUUGUCCAGGUUUACUGCCCCCCACGUCACACAGCAGAUAUAUCAUCCAGUACGUUCCCCUUUCUUAACACGUCGGUGCUUUUCUGACUCCUUAGUAAUUAUUCAUUUGUAUCAGUGUGUGUCGGUUUUAUGAUAAAUGUUUUUUUUAAAAGAUGUACAUUUGAAUUAUUUCUAAUCUUUUUUUUUUUUAAUAACGCAAAGCCUAUUGCAGGUAUUGGGGGAUUGUUGAUUGUCGAUGAUAGAUUUUAAACGAUUUUCUUAUGUAUUUUCUAGAAAAAAGCAAAUAAACCACAGGGUCACGAUAGUCCAAAUGUAGAAGUAGGAGCUAUUUGCUCACAUGGCACCAUAAAAAGAAGAAGAGAGAAAUAUACCAGCUAUAAGUGUAUGGGUUUGUUUGUGGAUGUUAGAACUCUGUAUGGAUAGAAAGGGGUGGGAAAUGUGGAGAGAAGAUAUAUAAUAAUAUGUGUUUGGGUGACGUUGUAUCCUAUUUGUUUUCUUUUAAUGUGAAAUAAUUACUUUGUACAGAACUCCUGCUAUUCCAAAUAUCUUUACACUUCAAUUCCAGAAGUCCAAUCCAUAAACACUGAUGUCCUAUAGGACUUAUUCAUAUUGAGCCUUAGCUGCAUUCAAGUCCGUAUGGGUGAAUUAUGAAGCGAAAUGAAUGAGUUUACCAGAUAUGUUGAGCCUAAAGUCAGACUUUUCAAUGUCACAAAGUUGUUUCUCACCGUGAAAACUGAUGCCAUUAAAUUUGUUUAGCACUGCUGGCACUGCAGCUAAUAGAAAACUAGAUUUAAAAAUGAUUCAUUUAUUGCUAUUUUUUGCAGAGGAUAUUCAAUUACUAACAUUAUUUCACUUUUAUUUGGCCAAAAACUGAAAUGAUUCCAGUUAUCCUACCUGCAUUUCUUGAAGUUUCAAAUUCGAGAGCCCAAAUGUGCAGCUGUCAUGUUAGAAAUAAACGGCUGCGGUGAGAGUCACUCAGCUGUAAAUAUAUAUUCGCUACAUUAUUACCAAUUUUAUGCCAGCAUGUCUCUUUUGCAUCAUUUGCAGUAGCAGCUUUUUAGCAGCUUCAGUAAUUUUUUACCACCUAUUUCCUCAUUUCUCUCUAUUAUAACAACCUGAUCCUCUUGACUGAAGUAUUCGCCACACCGUUGGUUCAUUUGGUGCAGAAUAAGAGUCAAAUAUUGUGUUAAAUUCCCUUUUUUAUUGGAGCGCACACAGAAAUAAUGAAGAAACGUGGUGAAUGAAGCUUCAUAGUGCCCCCUUCAGGAUGGUUGCAGAAAAAAGGACACAAACCAGACCUGCAUUUGACUUCUCUCUUUUGCAAAACAGUUAAAACACUUUGGAUAAAUCUAAGCUUCCUGGAAAAAAAUGUGUUUUACUGACACAUUGCUAUUUCUAGUAUGCUAGUGGAAGGGAAAACAUCCACCAAGACUGCGAUUCUCACUGAGAGUCGAACACUUGUGGGUGUUUUUCCUACUCAGGCUGAGAAGCAGCUGCACAAGCAAACUCAAAUGUGAGAUCUCAAGUGUUUUCUAAAAGAAGUAUUCAAUUUUAAAAGACUCAAGGAUCAAGGCUAAUGUCUUUAUUUCAAUGUGCCAGACCACUUCUAAUAAAGAGCCACUCAGUGUUGCUUCCCUGAGCUCUUCUCUGGAGGUUAAUCGAAUCUCAGCGAGGACAAGAAAAGCAGGAAUUCUGUAUGAAGCUGAACUCCCUGCUGACACCCUCCAUCUGCCUAACAACAGCACAAUUAUGUAAACCACUGAGCACACUGGCAGGCACCCCGUUGCCACCUUUGCUUGAAAGAAUACACACAAAAAAAUGGUGCUGUUUUUCUAGUUGGUCUUCACUGUAUCUUCCUUCACCUGCGACUACCUAAGCGGCGCUCCAGGGUCGAAGUGUUUCCUGGAAAUGUCUCUUCGAAAAAAGAGCACAGAGGACAAAAAGCAAGUCAGCAUUUUUUUGUAUAAUUCAGAUUGUUGCCCGCUCGCUCCGAGGGGUCAAGAGUCAUCGUGUAUUAUCUCUGUAUAGAAUAAUAAUUUGGGUCUUCUCUAUAGAAAACGUGCAUGACCACCGUUCUGUUCUGUGCCUGUGUUCACACAUUUUAAACAGCUCGUUUUUAUUGGUCUAAAUGAUGUUUCCAGCACAAUGAGAAUUGUAUUUUUUCCUCUUAAAGUCACAGUGUUCCGCAUCACAGUUAUUUAUUUUUCUUCAGGAUAUCUUUAAGAAAAAUAAUAUUGUAUACUUUAUAGACUCUCAGGUUUAUGGAGAUAAUAUAUCGCAAAAGUUUUAAAAAGCUUCCUCGCCAUCGUCUAGCUCACUACCUGCAGUGAAGAAUACACAUUUAUUGUCACGUUCUCACGCUGCACCACAACCUAAAGCACCAAACUCAAGGUCACAGUAAACCGUUGUGAGUUUUGUGUCGACGCAUUUCAAGUUCAGAUGUACUUUUUUGUAUCUUUGUGCCAAAUUCGAGUGCCAUGUCCUGUUUUUGUUUUGCCGCCAUAUUGAAAGUUUCAAAUCACUACUGAAAGUUUGCAAUACAGGAAAAAAAAAAACGAAGUUAUUUUCUACCUGAAAAAUUGUACAAUCUAUGAAAAUUGCUGUUUCUUGUAUCGAAGUGUUUCGCAUUGUAAUGGAUGUUACUAUGUGUUUUGUUACUCACAUUUCCAUAUCUGUAAAGUCUAGAUACAGUAACCACACAAUUUGUUCAGGGGUACGUGCAAUUACAGAUUCCAUAGAGGCAUUAUACAAUAGAAUGACAGAUUACAAUAUCAGAGUUGCUUAUUAAACAGUGUUGACCACU